AUGCCUCUUACAAAUGUCCAAGUGAACCAGGUAAAGAAAAAAGUGCAUUACAGUGAGCAAGAUGGUGCCUUUAACAAGUACGUUGACGUUAUAGGCAGAGUGACGAAACUUUCUGACCAGAUAUUGAGAGGCCAACUUCCUGAACCAAGUGCAGAAGAAGAAUCUGUGUUAAGUGGAGAGAAGAUCAAGGCUCUUAAGGAAACUGCUCAAGUCCGACUACUGGAAAUUCAGUCAUCGAUAGAGACUAAAAAGAUAGCUUCAGAGCAUUGGCAACAAUCGUAUGAACAAAUGAGGGAUUCUGUAGAUGCACAAGCUAAGGAAGCUUUACCUCAAUUGAAGAAGAUACAAUCUAGAUUAGGCGAUCAUAUCUACAGACUACAAAGGAUGUAUGACAGUGUCCAUCUAUUGAAUAAGGAAAUGGAAGCUCUAUCACGAGGCAAGACAUCUAUAUCAAUUUCACGUGAAGAAUGGGAUAAAGAGCUUGGUGUUAGCCUAACAAAUAAGUUGAUCGAGAGUAACUAUUUGAAAACUGAUAAUAGUAGAUCAACAAGUAGUGAGAAGAAAUAUCGCGUGUACGAUGAUUUUUCGAAGGGGCCUAGAGAAGUUAAACACAUCAAUGAUUCGAUGAAAUCUGAUAUUGAGAAGUUAUCAAAGGAGUUAGUGUCCUAUAAGGGGAAAUGGUUGAAAGACGCUAAUGUAUUCAGUAAGAUUACCUCCAUUUUACAAGAGGAAAUGAGCAGAAGAAAUGAUGAAAGAUCGCAAGAAGAAGAACCUGAAUUGGCGGAGGAUUAUAUGGAUGAUUACGAAGAAGAUGAGGAAGAAGAAACAAAAGCAAAGUAUAAGAGGCAAAAUGACUUUGAGCAAGAAAAUAGUGAAGGUUCUUAUGAUGAUAAUAUUGAUGAAGAAUCGGAAUUUUCAAAAGUGGAAACAAAUGAUAGUGAUGAGGAUUUUGAGGAACUUCAGGAAAGCGAAGAACAGAUGGGCGAUGAGCAAGAUGAUGAAAUGAUCGUUGACGAGGAGGAUGAUGAUGAUGUUCAAGGAGCUGUUGAGGACGAAGACAAACCGCUCCCAGACAUGGAAAGUAAUAUUGACAUAGAUAACGUCGACACAUGA